CGACAUUCAGAACACUGUUCAGAAUGUGAAUUCAGAAGAUGUUUUAUACAGAUUUCUCAGCUUGAACCGAAUACGAUGGGAUCUUCUGCUUGAAUCAUAUGUCUGGGAUCGACGUCUCUAUUCGCUGCUCUCGUCUAAUUCUCCUGUGGCUAUCACAACCACCAGUAACAAAACAAUGCAAGGACAAACUCAUCUGAAGGAACAGGACAAUACUGGAGAAAAGAUUAAUGGGGUACAAAUUAAUGUGGAAAAUGGUGAUAAAGUUUUUGACAAUAGUGGUUCACUGAAUGUCAAACUGGUGACACCUAUAGAAGCAAAUGAUUUUCCAAUAAAAGAAAUCCAAAUUGAUGGACAAGAUCAAGGAUCAAGAGAACAAGAUGAUUUUACUUUAUCUACCGUCACUGAAAAUAUUAGGGGAAUAAAAGCAAAUGGAUCGUCUAUCCAGGAUUUUUUCGUGCAACCUCCUCUCUCUGACCAUUCCACUGCUGAAGAUGAAAAUUUUCUGGAAGAUAAUCGUCCUUUGUCUGCUCAAUUGCAAAUAGGUGAAAUUAUUCCAAUUACUAAAGAUCUUGAGGGUGGUGGUCUUUAUUUAAACCCACCUCAAAGGGGUAAAUCUCCUCUUUCACCAUCAUGUGGUAUAGACAAUGCAAAGGCGUGGAUGUGGACUCCUUUCCCUGAAAUUCGACGUGAGUGCAUGAGGGAUCUCCAGAGAGGUUACUUGCUGAAAUUUGAAGCUAUUACUAACCAUGCUGCAGACUCCACAGCUCGCAAACUCAUUGCCGAUGAGAGCUCAAGGCUGCACAUUCCUCUUGGCACUGAUGACUAUAUUGUGUCGGACUAUGAGGAUGAAUUCUCAAGCAUAAUUGCUUGUGCCCUGGCCUUGUUGAAGGAUCUACCAAUUGCAAGCGAAGAUCACUAUGAGGAUAGUAGGAAAGAGAAAGGAAUGGAUGCCCAAACAUAUGAGAGUUCUCACAGCCUGAUGAGAAUUUUCUCACUGGCUUCGCUGAAUUGGUCUUCAAAUGGUUCCAUGAAUUCAGAUGGAAUCCAUUCUUCAGCUAGCAUCUCUUCGGAAGGGUCACACUUGUCUAGUUUUAAUAGGUUAGAUUUGUUGGAUUCUUUGGUUUCUUUGGAGGCUCUUCAUCCGGAAGUUUCUAUGGGGUUAGGGAAAUUACCUGGCAAGCGUAAAUAUUCUGUUGUUUGUUUAUACGCUAGCCAGUUCCGUGAUCUGCGAAAUCGAUGUUGUCCCUCUGAACUUGAUUUUAUUGCUUCGCUAUGCCGGUGUAAAAACUGGGAUGCUAAAGGCGGAAAGAGCAAAUCUUUCUUUGCUAAAACUCUUGAUGACCGAUUCAUUAUAAAGGAAAUAAAAAAAACAGAAUUUGAUUCAUUCAUGAAGUUUGCUCCCGAUUAUUUCCAUUAUAUGAAUCAGUGCUAUGAGAUGAGGAACCAGACCUGCCUUGCAAAAAUUCUCGGCAUUUAUCAGGUUACCAUGAGACAAACAAAGAAUGGGAAAGAGACGAAGCAUGAUCUUAUGGUGAUGGAGAAUCUUGCCUUUGGUCGAAACCCAACUCGACAAUAUGAUCUUAAAGGCGCUCUGCAUGCUCGAUUCAAUUCAUCUGGUGAUGGCUCAGGAGAUGUUCUUUUGGAUCAAAACUUUGUCAAUGACAUGAAUAUUUCUCCCCUGUACGUUAGUAGGAAAGCAAAGCGAAUUUUGCAACGGGCUGUGUGGAAUGACACUGCAUUUCUCAAUUCAAUACAUGUCAUGGAUUAUUCUCUACUUGUGGGAGUGGAUACUCAGCGGCGUGAACUUGUAUGUGGCAUCAUUGACUAUCUCAGGCAGUACACAUGGGACAAGCAACUUGAGACUUGGGUUAAGUCCUCGCUUGUUGUUCCUAAGAACCAUUUGCCAACUAUAAUCUCUCCUAAAGAGUACAAAAAGAGAUUUAGGAAGUUCAUUGAUACCCAUUUUUUAAGUGUCCCAGAUCAUUGGUGCUCUCAAAGAUCUUCUAACCCAUGCAGCCUUUGUGGCGUGGGAAGUGAUGAUGACUCUUCUCAUUCAAGAUCUCUAGAACUUCGGGAACAUCAUGAUGAUUCUCACCGUACGAAGUUCCAAGAGCAACAGGAACGUGAUGAGGAUUCUUUCCAUACCAAAUCUCGAGAUCAUGAGAAACAAAAUGGUUUCCCUUCCUGAGUUUUUAUUUCAGUUUUGUCAUAUUUCAAGCUAUUCUGUAUAGCGUUGAUCAAGAAAAUACUCCCCUCACAUUCUGCAAUAUUUAGUGAAUUUCGAGGGAUAAGUUCUUUCAUUAUUUUUCUACCAUGUCUAGCAGAAGUUAAAUAUGUAAUUUUUGUAAAUUGUAAAGUUGCUCACAGUGUACGAUUCGUGUAUGAUUACUCAUAAUCAAUGAAAGAAGGUUUUCAAUGAUGG